AUGCCGAGUCUCAACUAUGUCUUCACCAUGUGUCAAUGCCUAAAAUUAAAGCAUAAAGCAUUAUGCUUUGAAUCCAAGGGUCUCAUUAAAACACCAUACAUAAAAUAUAGUUACAAAGGACUUUUUGUCAACAGCCAAAAUGAUAGAGACUUAGCUGGUACAUUUACAGAGAUAAGAGAGCUUGAUUUAUUUCGUGCUGUCCGGAGUCUAGAAUCGAAUGCACUCAUCAAGACCAAUGCUACAUGUGGGGAAAAAGGACCAGAGAUGUACUGCAAGUUGGUGGAACAUGUCCCCGGGCAGCCUGUGAGGAACCCCCAGUGCCGGAUCUGCAAUCAGAACAGCAGCAAUCCAUACCAGAGGCACCCGAUCACGAAUGCUAUUGAUGGCAAGAACACUUGGUGGCAGAGUCCCAGUAUCAAGAAUGGAGUGGAAUACCACUAUGUUACAAUUACUCUGGAUCUACAGCAGGUGUUCCAGAUUGCCUACGUCAUUGUGAAAGCAGCCAAUUCCCCUCGGCCUGGAAACUGGAUUUUAGAACGUUCCCUGGAUGAUGUGGAGUACAAACCCUGGCAGUAUCAUGCGGUGACAGACACGGAGUGCCUGACCCUCUACAAUAUCUACCCCCGCACUGGACCACCAUCCUAUGCCAAAGAUGAUGAGGUCAUCUGCACUUCAUUUUAUUCCAAGAUCCACCCUUUAGAAAAUGGAGAGAUUCACAUUUCUUUGAUCAAUGGGAGACCAAGUGCUGAUGAUCCCUCCCCUGAACUUCUGGAAUUCACCUCUGCUCGCUAUAUUCGCCUGAGAUUUCAGAGGAUCCGCACCUUGAACGCCGACUUGAUGAUGUUUGCUCACAAAGACCCCAGAGAAAUCGAUCCCAUUGUCACACGAAGAUAUUACUAUUCUGUCAAGGAUAUUUCGGUUGGCGGGAUGUGCAUCUGUUAUGGUCAUGCCCGGGCUUGUCCACUUGACCCUGCAACAAAUAAAUCCCGCUGUGAGUGUGAACAUAACACCUGUGGGGAAAGCUGUGACAGGUGCUGCCCAGGAUUCCAUCAGAAGCCCUGGAGAGCUGGGACCUUCCUGACCAAGUCUGAGUGUGAAGCAUGCAAUUGUCACGGAAAAGCUGAGGAAUGCUAUUAUGAUGAAACUGUUGCUAGCAGAAAUCUAAGUUUAAAUAUACACGGGAAAUACAUCGGCGGGGGUGUGUGCAUCAACUGCACACAUAACACAGCUGGGAUAAAUUGUGAGACGUGUGUUGAUGGAUUCUUCAGACCAAAAGGGGUGUCACCAAGUUAUCCAAGACCAUGCCAGCCAUGUCACUGUGAUCCAACUGGCUCCCUUAGUGAAGUCUGUGUCAAAGAUGAGAAAAACACCCAGCGAGGGUUGAAACCUGGAUCCUGUCACUGCAAAACUGGCUUUGGAGGCAUGAACUGUGAUCGCUGUGUCAGGGGUUACCGUGGUUACCCAGACUGCCAACCCUGUAACUGUAGUGGCUCAGGGAGCACAAAUGAGGACCCUUGCCUUGGACCCUGUAGCUGUAAGGAGAAUGUUGAAGGUGAAGACUGCAGCCGUUGCAAAUCUGGUUUCUUCAACUUGCAAGAAGAUAAUCAGAAAGGCUGUGAGGAGUGUUUCUGCUCAGGGGUAUCAAACAGAUGCCAGAGUUCCUACUGGACCUACGGGAAUAUUCAAGACAUGCAUGGUUGGUAUCUCACAGACCUCUCUGGCCGCAUUCAGAUGGCUCCCCAGCUUGAUAACCCUGACUCACCUCAACAGAUCAGCAUCAGUAACUCCGAGGCCCGGCGGUCCCUGCCAGAUGGUUACUACUGGAGUGCACCAGCUCCAUAUCUGGGAAACAAGCUUCCAGCUGUUGGAGGACACUUGUCAUUUACCAUCUCAUAUGACCUCGAAGAAGAGGAAGACGAUACAGAAAAAAUCCUUCAGCUGAUGAUUAUCUUUGAGGGAAAUAACUUAAGAAUCAGCACAGCCUAUAAGGAGGUGUACUUAGAGCCAUCUGAGGAGCACGUUGAGGAGCUGUCACUCAAGGAAGAGGCCUUUACCAUACAUGGGACAAAUUCGCCAGUCACUAGAAAAGAUUUCAUGAUUGUUCUCACAAACUUGGAGAGAAUCCUUGUGCAAAUCACAUACAACUUAGGGAUGAACGCCAUCUUCAGGCUGAGCUCUGUCAAUCUUGAAUCUGCUGUCCCUUAUCCUACUGAUAGACGUAUUGCAACUGAUGUGGAAGUUUGCCAGUGUCCACCGGGGUACAGUGGCAGCUCUUGUGAAAAGAGACACCAAGCUAGUGCUUCCUCUAACCCCAUACCCGCCAAUAACAGUAAGACAUGUUGGCCUAGGCACCGAAGAGUUAACGGCACAAUUUUUGGUGGCAUUUGUGAACCAUGUCAGUGCUUUGCCCAUGCAGAAGCCUGCGAUGACAUCACAGGAGAAUGUCUGAACUGUAAGGAUCAUACAGGUGGGCCGUACUGCAAUGAAUGUCUCCCUGGUUUCUAUGGUGAUCCUACUCGAGGAACCCCUGAAGACUGUCAGCCCUGUGCCUGUCCACUCAAUAUCCCAUCAAACAACUUUAGUCCAACAUGCCAUUUAGACCGGAGUCUGGGAUUGAUCUGUGAUGAGUGUCCUGUUGGGUACACAGGACCACGCUGUGAGAGGUGUGCUGAAGGCUAUUUUGGACAACCUUCCGUACCUGGAGGAUCAUGUCAGCCAUGCCAGUGCAAUGACAACCUUGACUACUCCAUCCCUGGCAGCUGUGACAGCCUGUCUGGCUCCUGUCUGAUUUGUAAGCCAGGUACAACAGGCCGGUUCUGUGAGCUCUGUGCUGAUGGGUAUUUUGGAGACGCCGUUCAUGCAAAGAACUGUCAACCAUGCCGUUGUAACCUCAAUGGCUCCUUCUCAGAGAUUUGUCACACUAGAACUGGGCAAUGUGAGUGCAGACCCAAUGUGCAGGGGCGGCACUGUGACGAGUGUAAGCUCAGUACGUGGUGGGACCCAGCAAAGCGAUUCUGUGAGCCUUGUGCCUGCAGUCCCCUGGGCUCUGUGUCCCAGCAGUGUGAUGUGACAGGAAGAUGUAGCUGUAAAUCAGGCUUUGUAGGAAAACGGUGCAGCCUCAGCAGGCAGGUGCACCUUCAAGAGGAGCAGCCUCGGAGAGCACAGAAGGUUCUGGGGUCUCCUCCUCGGAGGUGGGGUUCCAGCAGCUCCAGCGGGUGCCCUCGGGGAGCCUAUCCAGCCCCCGUGCCGCCUGAAACCUUUGGCCUGCAACUGGGAAGGGGCUGUCUGCCCUGCAACUGCAAUUCUUUUGGGUCUAAGUCCUUUGACUGUGAAGCGAGUGGGCAGUGCUGGUGCCAGCCUGGAGUGGCAGGGAAGAAAUGUGACCGUUGUGCCCAUGGCUACUUCAACUUCCAAGAAGGAGGCUGCAUAGCUUGUGACUGUUCUCAUCUGGGCAACAACUGUGACCCAAAAACUGGUCAAUGCAUUUGCCCGCCCAAUACCACUGGAGAAAAGUGUUCUGAGUGUCUUCCCAACACCUGGGGUCACAGCAUUGUCACUGGCUGUAAGGUUUGUAACUGCAGCACUGUGGGGUCCUUGGCUUCCCAGUGCAACGCAAACACGGGCCAGUGCAGCUGUCAUCCCAAAUUCUCUGGUAUGAAAUGCUCAGAGUGCAGCCGAGGUCACUGGAACUAUCCUCUCUGCACUCUCUGUGACUGCUUCCUUCCAGGGACAGAUGCCACGACUUGUGACUCGGAGACGAGGAAAUGCUCCUGUAGUGAUCAAACUGGACAGUGCACCUGUAAGGUGAAUGUGGAAGGUAUCCACUGUGACAGGUGCCGGCCUGGCAAAUUUGGACUAGAUGCCAAGAACCCACUUGGCUGCAGCAGCUGCUACUGCUUUGGAGUUACUAGUCAAUGCUCUGAAGCCAAGGGGCUGGUCCGUACGUGGGUGACUUUGAGUGACGAGCAGACCAUUCUACCUCUGGUGGAUGAGGCCCUGCAGCACACGACUACCAAAGGCAUUGCUUACCAGAAGCCAGAGAUUGUUGCAAAGAUGGACGAAGUCAGGCAAGAUCUCCAUUUGGAACCUUUUUACUGGAAACUCCCACAACAAUUUGAAGGGGAAAAGUUGAUGGCCUAUGGGGGCAAACUCAAGUAUGCCAUCUAUUUUGAGGCUCGGGAUGAGACAGGCUUCGCCACCUAUAAACCACAAGUUAUCAUUCGAGGUGGAACCCCCACUCGUGCUAGAAUUAUUACCAGGCACAUGGCUGCCCCUCUCAUUGGCCAGUUGACACGGCAUGAAAUAGAAAUGACAGAGAAAGAAUGGAAAUAUUAUGGUGAUGAUCCCCGAAUCAGUAGAACUGUGACCCGUGAAGACUUCUUGGAUAUACUAUAUGAUAUUCACUAUAUUCUUAUCAAGGCUACUUAUGGAAAUGUUGUGAGACAAAGCCGCAUUUCUGAAAUCUCCAUGGAAGUAGCCGAGCCAGGACAUAUAUUAGCAGCGAGCCCACCAGCACACUUGAUAGAAAGAUGUGACUGCCCUCCAGGCUAUGCUGGCUUGUCUUGUGAGACGUGUGCACCAGGAUUUUACCGACUGCGUUCUGAACCAGGUGGCCGCACUCCUGGACCAACCUUAGGAACCUGUGUUCCCUGCCAGUGUAAUGGGCACAGCAGCCAGUGUGAUCCUGAGACCUCAGUAUGCCAGAACUGUCAACAUCACACUGCUGGUGAUUUCUGUGAACGCUGUGCCCUUGGCUACUAUGGAAUUGUCAGGGGAUUGCCAAAUGACUGUCAACCAUGUGCUUGUCCUCUGAUUUCACCCAGCAACAAUUUCAGCCCCUCUUGUGUACUGGAAGGUCUGGAAGACUACCGUUGCACAGCCUGCCCGAGAGGAUAUGAAGGACAGUACUGUGAAAGGUGUGCCCCAGGCUACACUGGCAGCCCAAGCAGCCCCGGAGGCUCCUGCCAAGAAUGUGAGUGUGACCCUUAUGGCUCCCUACCGGUUCCCUGUGACCGGGUCACGGGACUCUGCACGUGCCGCCCUGGAGCCACAGGAAGGAAGUGUGAUGGCUGCGAACACUGGCAUGCACGCGAGGGUGCAGAGUGUGUCUUUUGUGGAGACGAGUGUACAGGCCUUCUUCUUGGUGACCUGGCUCGUCUAGAGCAGAUGACCAUGAACAUCAACCUCACAGGCCCACUGCCUGCUCCGUAUAAAAUUCUGUAUGGUCUUGAAAAUACAACUCAGGAACUCAAGCACCUGCUCUCACCGCAGCGGGCACCAGAGAGGCUCAUUCAGGUGGCAGAGGGCAACGUGAACACACUUGUGAUGGAAAUGAAUGAGCUUCUGACCAGAGCAACCAAAGUGACAGCAGAUGGUGAGCAAACAGGACAAGAUGCUGAGAGGACCAACUCCAGAGCAGAAUCCUUGGAAAAAUUCAUUAAAGGACUUGUCCGGGAUGCUGAAGCCGUAAAUGAAAAAGCUGUAAAACUAAACGAAACCUUAGGAAAUCAAGAUAGGACAGCAGAGAGAAACUUGCAAGAGCUUCAGAAGGAGAUCGACCAGAUGCUGAAGGAACUGAGAAGUAAAGAUCUUCAAACACAGAAGGAAAUUGCUGAGGAUGAGCUGGUGGCAGCAGAAGGCCUUCUGAAGAGAGUAAACAAGCUGUUUGGAGAGCCCAGAGCCAAGAAUGAAGAAAUGGAAAAGGAUCUCCAGCAGAAACUGGCAGAGUACAAGAACAAACUUGAUGAUGCUUGGGAUCUAUUGAGAGAAGCCACUGAUAAAACUCGAGAUGCUAAUCGCUUGUCUGCUGCCAAUCAAAAAAACAUGACCAUAUUGGAGAAAAAGAAGGAGGCUAUUGAAGGUGGCAAACGACAAAUAGAGAACACUUUAAAGGAGGGCAAUGACAUACUUGAUGAAGCCAACCGACUCUUGGGUGAAAUCAAUUCAGUCAUAGAAUAUGUCGACGACAUUAAAACUAAGUUGCCACCAAUGUCCGAGGAGCUAAGUGACAAAAUAGAUGACCUCGCCCAGGAAAUAAAGGACAGAAGGCUUGCUGAGAAGGUGUCCCAGGCUGAGAGCCAUGCUGCUCAGCUAAACGACUCGUCUGCUGUGCUUGACGGAAUCCUGGAUGAGGCGAAGAACAUCUCUUUCAAUGCCACGGCAGCCUUCAGAGCUUACAGUAAUAUUAAAGACUACAUUGAUGAAGCUGAGAAAGUGGCCAGAGAAGCCAAAGAGCUUGCCCAAGAGGCUACAAAACUGGCAACAAGUCCUCAGGGCUUAUUAAAAGAAGAUGCCAAAGGCUCCCUUCAGAAAAGUUUCAGGAUCCUCAAUGAAGCCAAGAAGCUAGCAAACGAUGUGAAAGGAAAUCACAAUGAUCUAAGUGACCUGAAAACCAGGUUAGAAACUGCUGACCUUAGAAACAGUGGACUCCGGGAAGCUCUAAAUGACACCAUGGGCAAGUUAUCAGCCAUUACGAAUGUAGACACGGCUGCUAAACUGCAGGCUGUCAAAGAGAAAGCCAGAGAAGCCAAUGACACAGCAAAAGCUGUCCUGGCCCAGGUUAAGGACCUACAUCAGAACCUGGAUGGCCUGAAGCAAAACUACAAUAAACUGGCAGACAGCGUGGCCAAAACGAAUGCUGUGGUGAAAGAUCCUUCCAAAAACAAAAUCAUUGCAGAUGCAGGUACUUCUGUGAGAAAUCUAGAACAGGAAGCUGACCGGCUAAUAGACAAACUCAAGCCCAUCAAGGAACUUGAGGACAACCUAAAGAAGAACAUUUCCGAAAUAAAGGAACUGAUCAACCAAGCUCGGAAACAAGCUAAUUCUAUCAAAGUAUCUGUUUCUUCGGGAGGUGACUGUGUUCGAACAUACAGGCCAGAAAUCAAGAAAGGAAGCUACAAUAACAUCGUUGUCCAUGUCAAGACCGCUGUUGCCGACAAUCUCCUUUUUUACCUUGGAAGUGCCAAAUUUAUUGAUUUUCUUGCUAUAGAAAUGCGUAAAGGCAAAGUCAGCUUCCUCUGGGAUGUUGGCUCUGGAGUGGGCCGAGUAGAGUAUCCAGACUUGACCAUCGAUGACUCCUAUUGGUACCGUAUUGAAGCAUCAAGAACGGGGAGAAAUGGAUCUAUUUCUGUGAGAGCUUUAGAUGGACCCAAAGCCAGUAUGGUGCCCAGCACCUACCAUUCAGUGUCUCCUCCUGGGUAUACUAUACUAGAUGUGGAUGCAAAUGCAAUGCUGUUUGUUGGUGGCCUGACUGGAAAAAUAAAGAAGGCUGAUGCUGUGCGUGUGACUACCUUCACCGGCUGUAUGGGAGAAACAUACUUCGACAACAAACCUAUAGGUUUAUGGAAUUUCCGGGAAAAAGAAGGUGACUGUAAAGGGUGUACUGUCAGCCCACAAGUGGAAGACAGUGAGGGGACUAUUCAGUUUGAUGGUGAAGGAUAUGCAUUAGUGAGCCGCCCCAUCCGCUGGUACCCCAACAUCUCCACAGUCAUGUUCAAGUUCCGGACAUUUUCAUCAAGUGCUCUCCUGAUGUAUCUUGCCACAAGAGACCUGAAAGAUUUCAUGAGUGUGGAGCUCAGUGACGGACAUGUGAAAGUCAGCUAUGACCUGGGUUCAGGAAUGACGUCCAUUGUCAGCCAUCAAAACCAUAAUGAUGGGAAAUGGAAAUCGUUCACGCUGUCAAGGAUUCAGAAACAAGCCAACGUAUCGAUUGUAGACAUCGAUUCUAACCAGGAAGAGAACGUAGCUACUUCAUCCUCUGGAAACAACUUUGGUCUUGACUUGAAAGCAGAUGACAAAAUAUAUUUUGGUGGCCUGCCAACUCUGAGAAACUUGAGUAUGAAAGCAAGGCCAGAAGUCAAUGUGAAGAAAUACUCCGGCUGCCUCAAAGAUAUUGAAAUUUCAAGAACACCUUACAAUAUACUCAGCAGCCCUGAUUAUGUUGGUGUGACCAAAGGCUGUUCACUGGAGAAUGUUUACACAGUUAGUUUCCCCAAGCCUGGUUUUGUGGAGCUUGCCGCUGUGUCUAUUGAUGUCGGAACAGAAAUCAAUCUGUCCUUUAGUACCAGGAACGAGUCUGGGAUCAUUCUCUUGGGAAGUGGAGGGACACUCACACCACCCAGGAGAAAACGGAGACAAACUACACAGGCGUAUUAUGCCAUAUUCCUCAACAAGGGCCGCUUGGAAGUGCAUCUCUCCUCGGGGACACGAACAAUGAGGAAAAUUGUCAUCAAACCGGAGCCAAAUUUGUUUCAUGAUGGGAGAGAACAUUCUGUCCACGUAGAAAGAAGCAGAGGCAUCUUCACUGUUCAAGUUGAUGAAGACAGAAGACAUAUGCAAAACCUGACAGAGGAACAGCCGAUCGAAGUGAAAAAGCUCUUUGUCGGGGGUGCUCCUCCUGAAUUUCAGCCCUUCCCACUCAGGAAUAUUCCAGCCUUUCAAGGCUGCGUGUGGAACCUUGUUAUUAACUCCAUCCCCAUGGACUUUGCGCAGCCUAUAGCCUUCAAAAAUGCUGACAUUGGCCGCUGUGUCUAUCAAAAGCCCCGGGAAGAUGAAGGUGAAGCAGUUCCAGCCGAAGUUAUUGUCCAGCCUCAGCCAUUGCCUACCCCUGCCUUCCCUUUUCCGGCCCCAACCAUGACGCAUGGCCCUUGUGUUGCAGAAUCAGAACCAGCUCUUCUGACAGGGAGCAAGCAGUUCGGGCUCUCCAGAAACAGCCACAUUGCGAUUGCUUUUGAUGACACCAAAGUUAAAAACCGCCUCACCAUUGAGUUGGAGGUGCGAACCGAAGCUGAAUCGGGCUUGCUCUUUUACAUGGCUCGGAUCAAUCAUGCUGAUUUUGCUACUGUUCAGCUGAGGAAUGGCUUCCCCUACUUCAGUUAUGAUUUGGGGAGUGGGAACACGAGCACCAUGAUCCCCACAAAAAUCAACGAUGGCCAGUGGCACAAGAUUAAGAUUGUGAGAGUGAAGCAGGAGGGAAUUCUUUAUGUGGAUGAUGCCUCCAGCCAAACCAUCAGUCCCAAGAAAGCCGACAUCCUGGAUGUGGUGGGGAUUCUGUAUGUCGGCGGAUUGCCGAUCAACUAUACCACACGCAGAAUUGGUCCAGUGACCUACAGCCUGGAUGGCUGUGUUAGGAAUCUUCACAUGGAACAAGCCCCUGUUAGUCUGGACCAGCCUACCUCCAGUUUUCAUGUUGGGACAUGCUUUGCAAACGCGGAGAGCGGGACUUACUUUGAUGGAACCGGUUUUGCUACAGCAGUUGGUGGGUUCAAAGUCGGAUUGGACCUUCUCGUGGAAUUUGAAUUCCGUACCACAAGACCCACUGGAGUCCUCCUGGGAGUCAGCAGUCAAAAGAUGGAUGGAAUGGGCAUUGAAAUGAUCGACGAGAAGCUGAUGUUCCACGUGGAUAACGGCGCUGGCCGAUUCACCGCGGUCUAUGAUGCUGGGAUCCCAGGCCACAUGUGCAAUGGACAGUGGCAUAAAGUCACUGCCAAGAAGAUCAAAAACCGUCUUGAGCUGGUGGUCGAUGGGAACCAGGUGGAUGCCCAGAGCCCAAACUCUGCAUCGACCUCAGCCGAUACAAACGACCCUGUUUUUGUUGGCGGUUUCCCAGGCGGCCUCAAUCAGUUUGGCCUGACCACCAACAUUAGGUUCCGAGGCUGCAUCCGCUCCCUGAAGCUCACCAAAGGCACUGGCAAACCGCUGGAGGUUAAUUUUGCCAAGGCCCUGGAACUGAGGGGUGUUCAACCUGUUUCAUGCCCGACGACCUAAUAAAGAUAAGUUCAAUCCGGAGAAGAAUUCAUCAAAACAAGUAUAUCAAGCUAAACAAUAUACACUCCUAUCAUAUUAAUAAAACUAAUGUGCAUAUACAUAAAAUUCUUUCUGCACUGUGUCGGAUGGUGAUAUUUCAUACCACAGACUGAAUUUUAAUUCAAGUUCUUUUUCAAGAUUAUGAUUAUUAAACCAAUUAUUUCAUUCUAAA